AUGGAUCCGCUUAGUGUGACAGCCAGUGUGCUCGCCCUGGUGACUGCAGCGGCGCAGAGCUGCAAGAUAACUUCCAGCUUCAUCGACGGCCUUGCAGAGGCGCCUCAAGCUAUCGCCGCUUCGAAAGCCCUUCUUUCAGAGACCCUGAAUUCCCUCAAAGCUCUGGAACAGACGCUUGGAAAUGACCGCAGGGCGUCACCCAGCGUGCUCGAUUCGACCUUGCGGGCGAUUAAGCUCGAUAACACCCUUCAAUCAACUCAAGAGGUCUGUGAUGGGUUUAGCGCAACGAUCGCUAAGGUCACCAAGCAUUCGACCGAGGAGAGAUUCAGUACCCGCGACAGAUUGGCAGCACAGCUGCGCGAAUCGAAGAUCAACCGGUUCAACCAGCAGCUGGGAGACUGCCAGAGAACCGUAUCUCUGGUUCUGGGUUCGAUCACCCUGAUUAUUUCCAGCCAUACAUCGGAGGACAUCGACCGUCUCGGUAAUCGCUUUUCGGCUCAGGAAACAGCCCUCGUUAAUCUUGGUGCGCAACUACGCAACAGGGAGAUACCUGAAGUGACAGAAAACGAACGAAGCAUUCAACUCACCGACAGGCUUCAGCAACUCUGUCAAGACGCCCUCUCCGCAACCCAGGCAAAGCGAACUGGGCAGAGUUUUGGUGACCUGCGGGUCAGUGACAACUCUGGAGCCAUGCAGGGAAUCGCUGGUCAGGUUGAUGGUAAGGCUGAACAGUCGUUUGGCAAUCUAACUGCUACACAGAGUAGCAGAGCCUUUCAAGGCCAGAUCGACGCUGCUUCUUUUGCUGUGAUGUUUGGGAAAUGA